AACAACUUAUCCUAAAAAUAGAAAAUCCUAUUUACUGGUUGGAGUAUUUCAAUGAAAAUGUUAUGGUUUUUGCAACUGCCUGAAGAUAUGUUUCAAUGACAAGGAAAUAAUUAAACCUGUACAAAGGGUCCAGCUAAAGUCAGUCUAUGGGACAAGUCUAGGUGUGAGAUUUUCUUGCUGUGCUGAAGACCCAUUGGUGGCACUCAACUGCAAUCUUAAUUGACUAGGAUUGUCAGUUUUCCUUUAGAAGGUUGGCUGCAAACCAGCACUACCAGUAGCUCACAACAAACUUGUCUCAGAAACUGGUAACAGUAUUAACUGACAGAUUCAUUGUAAAAGAUGCUAAGAAAUUGAUAUUGAUUGCUGAGAUAAGAGCCACUAGAACAGAUUGCAAUUAUUUGCUUGGUUACCAUGAAAGCAUUCUUGCAACCCAGAUGAUCAGGAUCAUCUUAACUCUUCCACUUAAGGCUUCCUAGCCCAACAAAUUAAUUUUCAGGAUCUUUUGGAGUUAAAAGUGAAAUUACUCAAGUGUACAAUCUAUGAUGUCAUCAACCCUCGUUGAGACUGUAUCCAUUAACUAUGAAGAUUUUAAUGACAGUUUCCUGACAUGUGGGACCUGUUUGUGUGUAUACGAUAACAUUGAACACUCGCCAAAACUACUACCAUGCUCUCAUACAGUUUGUCGUAGUUGUCUGGACAGAAUUGUUGAAUCUCAAAUACAUGACACAGGGUAUUUUCGUUGUCCAAUCUGCCGAGAACACAUAGGAAUUCCACGAUCUGGAGUAGCCACAUUUCCUCCAAGCUUUCUGGUCAAUCAGUUAUUAGAUCUCAUGUCGAGGCAAAGACGAGACGUUAUACCAAAGUGUUCAACUCAUAACAACCAAGAACUGCUCUUUUGUGAGACUUGUGAUUCCGUAUUUUGUACUUUAUGUGCUGGUGGUGAACAUAAUGGCCGGGGAGCAAGUGAACAUACUGUAAUUCCCUUUUCAAUUGCCAUUAAAAGAAUGUCAGAAAUAUUACUAUACAAAGCACAUUUAUGCAUAAAAAAUCUGAAUCAUGCUUAUGACACUGUUUCUAGUGAGAUGCAGAAUUUAGAAUCGUCGGUAGAGAAGACUGUCGAAGGUAUAAAUAGAUCAUUCCAAGAUCUCAUCGCAUUGGUUGAUAAAAGGAGACAUGAAUGCUUACAAUGGGUGAGAAAAAUACGGGAGGAAAAACGCAAGAACUUACGAGAACAAUUAGAUAUUAUUCAGGCUGAGAAAGAAAAAGUUCAGUCUGAAUGUGACGGGCUGCAAUAUCAAGUAGAAGUCAGAAACAUAACGAAGAAAAUUGGUGAUCUUAACGAGAAACUAGAUGCAACUUCGAAUCUUUCGGAACCUAGGGAAAACUCAUUCUUGAAAUAUGAGUAUCGACAUAACUCGGCACUGAAAGACAUGACAAAGUUAUUAAAUGAAUUCGGGAGGAUCAAAACCAGUACAACAUUCCCCGCUCUUUGCUCAGGGAAAAUUGGAGAGGCUGUGACACAUUUGAAAUCAUCUGUUACCCUUUUGACAGUUGAUUACCAUGGAAAUCCCCGUACAAGUGGGGCAGAUCCAGUAGGUGCAGAGGUCAGGUCAGACAAGGGAGAAAUCAUUGAAUCAAAAAUUCGUGACAAAGAUAAUGGAACAUACGAAAUACAAUAUGUACCCACCAAGCCUGGGAAAGUGAAAAUGUUCAUCAGUAUAUUUAACCGACCUGUUAAGGGAAGUCCUUUUGUAAUUGAUGUCUCUGAGCACAAUAAUCCAGUUAUGAAAUUUGGCUCCUUAGGGAAUGGAGAGGAGCAUUUACGACAGCCAGUUAGGGUCGUUACAAAUAAUGACAAUAACAUUGUGUAUGCUUUAGAUACUGGCAAUUGUAGGAUCAAAUGUCUUGACAAUACUGGUCAAUUUAAAAGUCAUAUAGGACCAUUAGGAUUAGAAAGUUCGGGAGGUACGGGUCUCGCUCUGACGCCAGAGAAAAACUUGGCUGUAAUAAAUUGGAGAACUAAAUAUGUAACUGUGAUGAAUCCUGAUGGAGAUCUUCUCUCCAAAUUUACACAUCAGGACUUUUUGGAACCGAUAGAUAUAGCCGUAAAUAGUCGAGGGGAGAUCAUCGUGGCUGAUAAUGGUGCAAACCGUGUAUUUAUGUUUGAUGCCAAUGGCAAACUUUUGACAACAUUUGGUGGGAAAGGAAGUAAAGAAGGACAAUUUAAACUUAUUUGUGCCAUAGUCAUAGGAAAAUGUGAUGAAAUCCUUGUUGCAGAUCACCGAGUUCAAAUAUUUAGCCGUGAUGGGAAAUUUUCCCGUGUGAUACCUGACCAGGGUAAAGGUCAGUUUUGUGGAUUAAAUGUGGAUUCUGGUGGAUUGAUUCUUGCUACAAAAACAGAGAAAACCCAGAGCUACGUUCAAGUGUUGAAUUCCAGUGGCAGACUUAUGUUUAACAUAGAUAGCCACCAUGACAAACUGAAGCGACCAAGUGGCCUGGCAACCACAACUGACCACCAUGUUUAUGUGGCUGACCUUGGCAAUCACUGUAUCAAAAAGUAUCGUUAUAAAUAAGAAUUCUACAAUUUACCAGACAGAAGACACAAAGAGAAGAGUAACAGACAUGACAGACAGACAGACAGUGGCCAAACCAGAACCAAUUUAAAUCAAAAUGACCCCAGUUCGCUGAUGACCAAUGUGCAAUGUUCAUUUUUCAUUGUAAAGCCAUACAUUUUUUUCACUUACCUACUUUAGCCAGUUGUAAAGCCAUGCAUUUUUUUCACUUACUUUGGCCAUAAGAUCAUAAAUAAUUAAUUUCACCUAGUUUUGUUAAAUUUUGUAUUAUGUAUGAUUUAACCAUUUAUUUAUUGAUCUUUGAAAAAUAUAGUUUGAUUACUUGAGUACGUGUGAGUCAAAACUCAAUUUGCCUGUGUGUUAGGAUGUUAAUUACCUUGUAAAUGUGAAAAUAGAUACAAACAGAAUCUUUAGUCAUUCUUUUGUUAUCAGUCUCAUGACUAUCAAUAUAACUUAUGUUACCCUUUCAAGAGGGAGUUGAGGGUUAUAGUUGUGUUAUUGUUCACCUAGCAGCGUGAUUUAACUGAUGUUGCCCUUUAAAGAGGAAGUUGAGGGUAAUAAUAAUGUUAUAUUACCCUUUAAAGAGGAUUUUAGUUAAGGGUAAUAAUAAUGUUAUUGUUCACCUAGCAGCAUGAAAUAACCGAUGUUGCCCUUUAAAGAGGAAGUUGAGGGUAAUAAUCAUGUUAUAUUACCCUUUAAAGAGGAUUUUAGUGGAGGGUAAUAAUCAUGUUAUUGUUCACCUAGCAGAAGAUGUUAAAUACUUCAUAUUAUUGUCUUUAUUAACACACUCAAGUAUAUUUUCUGUAAAUGAAAGUUUUUUUUUCAUUAUUGUUAAUGAUUUAAAAUGGUGCAGACAUUUAAAGUAUUUCUCAUUUUACAGUUUUAAAAUAGUUGAGAAACACAUUUAAUAAAUACCAAAAAAAUGUGUAUUUUACAAAAAUGUUUCAAAAAGAUUUCUUAUUUCAGAAUUUAUGUAUUUUGGGUAAUAUUUUCAAAAGUGUACACAAAAAUGUAUUCAUUGGUUAAAAUUUCUCCUUACUUUGGAAAAUAAUCCAAUGCAUCAAAUUAUUUGCAUUUUUGUGUAUGAACAGUCUUUUAGAUUCUGUAAUAGCAAAUUGAAUAUUUUUUUGGUGAAAAAGACACUUAGCUAAAAUAUUUGAAAUAAUUUCUAGGCAAGAAACACAGCCUCUUAUUGAAACAUUAAAACAGGAAAAAAGUUAAAACAAUUUUCAGGGUACAUAGAAAAAAUGUUUUGUAAUGUAUGACAUUUCUUCUUAUGAUAAAGAAGAUAGAAAAUAUAAUGUUAUAUAAAUCUUUAUCAGGACAGCAUGAUUAUAUUUUUAUCAGGAACUUAUGUGAUAAAUAGAAAAUAUUAUUUAACAAAAUAUUAGGGUUAUUCCAUUAAAAACGAAUGUGGUCGGAUAGGAGGUAUAUCUAUUGAUGCAUGCAAAAUUAAGAAAUAGAAGAAAGAAAUAUUGGUUGUGAUAAGAUUUUUGUUAACCCUUGGUACUACUAUGAGGGUGUUUGGGGACCUUUACUGUCUUGUGCAGUCAGCUAAGCUCCUUUUGUAGCCUCCCACCUCUGUUUUAAUGGAAUAGGCCUAAUUCAGUGUACAGUGUAUUUGCAACUAAAUGUAAUACUUUUUAUGUGAAAAAGAUUUUUCUAAUGUUCUAUUUUUCUUUUCUGUACAUCUUAUUGAUUGCAUUUUUAUCUUAUUGGCAUAAUUAUGUGUGCAUGUGACAAUCAGCAUUUAACAUCAUAUCUUGAAAAAAAUCAUGUGGCUUAAUAACAUACAAAGAGAGAUAACUCUUAUUGAAAAACUUGUCACCAGUAGUAUUAUUAUUCUACAGGAAAUUUUGUCAUAAAUAAAUAUUUCAAUUGUGCUUUUCUCAGUAUUGUGAUAGUAUUAAUAACCACUGUUCUUGUUUUUUCCAUAGAGGGUGGAUAUGAGAGUACAUGCUAAGAAUGAAAGAUUAAGUUUCAAUAAUUUUUUUUAAAGCAUUUGAAAAAAUUAAUCCCUGUACAUGAUUUUUGCUAGAGUUGUGUUUUUUGAAAGUUCAAACUUUUUGCAGUUGUGUAUUAUUAAUUUUUGUUCAAAUGAUUAAUUUAAUGGCAUUUAAAAUAUAGAUACAAAAUAAAGUCUUUAUGACAAAUUUACAAUCCUAAAAGUCUGUCUUUCUUCAAAUUUUUAUAUGAUAUGUAGGAAAUUUUCAGGAAAUUUUACUGGCCCAAAACAUUAUUACCUGUCUAAAACUCUAAACUGCAGACCAUAGCAGUUACUUGAAAAAACUUCAAAUAGUAUAUUGAACAAAUAGUUAUAAAAUUCAUAAUUUGGGUUAUUUUGAGUUUGAAUAUUUAAAAAAAAAACAAUUCUUGAAUACAGCAGUGCAAGAUUCAACAACUUUAUUCAAAGGGAGAUAACUUACAAAACAACUUUAUUCAAAGGGAGAUAACUUACAAAACAACUUUAUUCAAAGGGAGAUAACAUACAAAACAACUUUAUUCAAAGGGAGAUAACUUACAAAACAACUUUAUUCACAGGGAGAUAAAUAAUAAAAUAAUUUUCUUGUAAAGAUCUACACUGUUGUUUGGUCUCUCAAAGCAAGGUACUUUAUACAUGAUAUAUAAUCCUUGCUGAAAGGAAAAAAAUCUCAUAAUUGUUUAUAUGACAAAUACUGUUGUACAAGGAGAUUUUGUUCUUGUUAUCUUUAUUUAAAGUCAUCAUGACAAAAUUGCUUUUUCACAGGCAAACUGUAUUUUAUCUAUUGUACUAGAAUGUAUGGAAAGGAUUUUUGUUUUCAAACAUACAAAUAUGUAAUAUUGAUAGAAAAAAAGAGAAUUUACAAGAGUGAUAGCUCAAUGACUUUUUGUGACGCAAUAUUUUAUUAACAAUAGAAAAUUUAUGCAAUGUACUUAAAGAAUUAUAAGUUUAUGCAGAUUGUAUUUGUGUAUUAUAAUAUACUCUUGCACUGAGUGAGUGGAUACUUCAUAUCAUGAGUGUGUAGUUAUUUAUUUUCUAAGUAGCCAAGUCAAUAUUUCAUAACAAAGCAGACAUGGGUUAAAAUUGACAUGAUUAAUUAUGAAUUUCUUCAUUAUUGACAAGAAAAAUAUGUUUUUCAUUUUAAAACAUAUUUGUAAAUUUGCAUCAUGAAAAAAUCUUAAUCAAUUAUCUAAAAUCUUUCUCGACCAAUAGACUAUUUUCAUAUUACCGAUAUUUGCCUCCUGAUUCUAUAUUUUUCAACAAGUUACCUGCUCCUACCACAGAGAAGAUAUCCUGUAGAAAGAAUAUAAAUUCCACAGUCAAAAGUCAGUUAUUGGAAAAUUGUCUGUAAGCAAGAAAAAAAAAUCUAUACUCAAAACAUGUUGAUUUUUGAAGAAGCACAACAGUCUAUUUUUAGAAAGUUCUACCUUUAAUGUUUACUUGUCAUCUACUGAGAUAUAAAGACAAAUGAGGGUCUGAAUGGGGUUUACAGAAUAAUAACAUUGAAAGACUAAAGUGGACCAUGAGUACAGAAAAAGGGGGCCAAAAAUAUAAAAAAUAGAGUAAAUAGGCUAAAAUAAUUAGAGAAAAUUAGAAAAUGUCAUGAAAAAUAAAAGAAUGCAGUAAUGGAGUACCCUCAUCCAGACCCCAACAAAUGAAGAAACCCUAUCCAGACCCCCACAAAUGAGGUACUGAAAAAAAAGAAGGAUUGAUGAGCUACUGCUUAAACAUACUGUAACAAAUUCUGCAAAAAUAUGUAAAAGAUGCCAUAUAUAAAGAAAAUUUGAAUAUUUUCGUUACUUUCUAUUUUCGUAUCUAGCACUUUCAGUUUUGUUGCAACCAAGUAGCUUUAUUUCGCAUAAACAAAACUUUAGGACUGUGUCUCUGAUUUCUUCAAUUAUGGAAUUUAUAGAUCUAUUUUCUUUAGAAUGAAUUUAUAAAUCACAAGUUAUAUGCUAAAGUGUUUUAUACCAAGACGGAAAUCUUUUCACAAAAACCUUUAGUAUCUAUACUGAAAUGUUAAUGACUUACAUGUAUUUUUUUUCGUAGAAUUUUUGUGAAAUGAGUCACAGUAGAAAUGUAGAAACUUGUAGACAAGGUCAUGUUGAAUUUAUUUUCCUCUUUAUAAUGAAACAACAUAUAUUUAGUAUCUCUUUCCCUGAGAUUUAGAAUAAGAAUAAUUUUUCCAAUUUUCUUCCAAAUAUGGUGAUUGAUAAAGAUGCAGCCAAUAGUGGUUUUACCAAAGUUUAGCUAUCUCUCCUUUGAUAUUGUACUUCAGUUUUCUGAAUAUCUUUUAAAACGAAAAAGUUAUCUCCCAUUUGAUAUUGUACUUCAAUUGUCUGAAUAUCUUUUGAAAUGACAAAAUUAUCUCCCCUUUGAUAUUGUUCUUCAGUUUUCUGAAUAUCUUUUAAAACGAAAAAGUUAUCUCCCAUUUGAUAUUGUACUUCAAUUGUCUGAAUAUCUUUUGAAAUGACAAAAUUAUCUCCCCUUUGAUAUUGUACUUCAAUUGUCUGAAUAUCUUUUGAAAUGACAAAAUUAUCUCCCCUUUGAUAUUGUACUUCAAUUUUCUGAAUAUCUUUUGAAAUGACAAAAUUAUCUCCCCUUUGAUAUUGUACUUCAAUUUUCUGAAUAUCUUUUGAAAUGACAAAAUUAUCUCCCCUUUGAUAUCCUACUUCAGUUGCCUUAAUAUCUUGACAAAGUUAUAGGUAUUUUAAUAUGAUGACCUAACAGUUUCUUUUCCUGAUUUAGACUUUUGUGUAACCUUUCUUUAAUCAUGACUUUAUUCUAGACUGUUUAUUUACAGAUAUGAACAUUUUUGUUCCAUGUCUGACUUUUGUUAUGAAGUAGUAUUUGAUAGUAACGUUUCAGUUAAUGGAAAUCUUAUUUUUAAUCUGGUUUUGAUAAAAUCUUAUUCAACGAUCAUGGUUAAAUUUUAACAAUAUUCUUAUAUAUGAAUAUAAAACUUGAUAGACCUUAUUGCUAUUUUCCCUCAGUAGCUGGACAUCAAAAAGAUUAUAAUAAAAUUUGGAUGCCACAAUAGAAAAUUGAUUGGCAAUGGUUCAUGUGUUGCAAAUUCCCGAGUCAAGUUUUGCAUUUUCCCAUAUAGCAAUAAUGUCUAUUUAUGGAUCACAACUCCAAAAUCUUUGAAUUAUUAUGAAGAAAAUUUCUUUGUAGAUAUAAAAUGAUGCAAAUGCAUUUAUAGUCAUUUAAUUUAAAGCAAGGAAAUAUGUAUCUGCUAAAUUGUACUUUGUUUUUUACAGACAUUAUGACCAGACAAUUGUGAUUUCUAAGCUCCUUAUCCCUAUUGCCCCAAUGUCCAUUUCUUUUUCAACUGAAUUUUAUGUAAAGAAAAAUUAUGAAAUUUCAUUCGGAGAUUGCUCUUUUUCAUAGACAAUUAAAACUUUCUGAAUGUUUUAUAUUUAAAAUUAUUUCAAGUGGAUUCAUAUAUUUUGGCGUGUACCAAUUUUCAUGGAUUAGUCUUAAGAUAAUACUGUACUUUUAUGGAUAUCAAAUCUAAAAUUUAUUAAAGUCUGCAAACAUGCAUAUAGAAAAUUUGAAAUUUGAAUAUUAAAAUUUGGGGUCGCUGAAAUCCACGAAAAAUUAAUAUCCCAUUUAAAUAAUGAAUGCAAAGUAAAAGAUAUUGUAAGAACUAGAAAAUUGUUUUGAUGUGGCCUUAGAAAAUUCUGUUAAUAAAUAGUCUGUAUUUCCAAUAAUUAACACUGGUACACUAGCUUUUACAUUCUCUGAUAGCAUCUUUUUGUUUUGUGAAUUUUUGAUAUAUUAUCAACAUUAAAAUUCAAUCAAGA